AUGGCCCGAGCUGCCCGGCUCCUGGCCGCUCUGGCCGCGCUUCUCGCCGCUGCUGCUGCAGGCGGAGACGCCCCGCCCAGCAAAAUCGCCGUGGUUGGGGCUGGAAUCGGGGGCUCGGCCGUGGCCCAUUUCCUCCAGCAGCACUUUGGGCCCCGAGUACAGAUUGACGUCUACGAGAAGGGGACCGUGGGUGGCCGCCUAGCCACCAUCUCCGUCAACAAGCAGCACUACGAGAGCGGGGCCGCCUUCUUCCACUCGCUGAGCCUGCACAUGCAGGACUUCGUCAAGCUGCUGGGGCUGAGGCACCGGCGCGAGGUGGUGGGCAGGAGCGCCAUCUUUGGUGGGGAGCACUUCGUGCUGGAGGAGACCGACUGGUACCUGCUGAACCUCUUCCGCCUCUGGUGGCACUACGGCAUCAGCUUCCUAAGGCUGCAGAUGUGGGUGGAGGAGGUCAUGGAGAAGUUCAUGAGGAUCUAUAAGUACCAGGCCCACGGUUACGCCUUCUCGGGUGUGGAGGAGCUGCUCUACUCUCUGGGGGAGUCUGCCUUUGUCAACAUGACCCAGCGCUCCGUGGCUGAGUCCCUGCUCCAGGUCGGCGUCACGCAGCGCUUCAUCGAUGAUGUUGUCUCCGCUGUCCUGCGAGCCAGCUAUGGCCAGUCUGCAGCAAUGCCUGCUUUUGCUGGAGCCAUGUCACUAGCUGGGGCCCAAGGCAGCCUGUGGUCCGUGGAAGGAGGCAACAAGCUGGUUUGUUCCGGUUUGCUGAGGCUCACCAAGGCCAACGUGAUCCACGCCACCGUGACCUCUGUGACCCUGCAUAGCACGGAAGGGAAAGCUCUGUACCAGGUGGGGUAUGAGAAUGAGGGGGGCCACGGCUCCGAAUUCUAUGACAUAGUGGUCAUUGCCACCCCCCUGCACCUGGACAACAGCAGCAGCAACAUCACCUUUGAAGGCUUCAGCCCACCCAUCGAUGAUAUCCAGGGCUCUUUUCAGCCCACCGUUGUCUCCUUAGUCCAUGGCUACCUCAACUCUUCCUACUUCGGCUUCCCUGACCCUAAACUUUUCCCCUUCGCCAGCAUCCUUACCACAGAUUUUCCCAGCUUCUUCUGUGCUCUGGACAACAUCUGUCCUGUCAACAUCUCUGCCAACUUCCGGCGGAAGCAGCCUCAGGAGGCGGCCAUCUGGAGAGUCCAGUCCCCCAAACCCCUCUUUCGGACCCAGCUAAAGACCCUAUUCCGUUCCUACUACUCAGUCCAGACUGCCGAGUGGCAGGCCCACCCUCUCUAUGGCUCCCGCAGCACCCUCCCGAGGUUUGCACUUCACGACCAGCUCUUCUACCUCAACGCUCUGGAGUGGGCAGCCAGCUCUGUGGAGGUGAUGGCUGUAGCUGCCAAGAAUGUGGCCUUGCUGGCUUACAACCGCUGGUACCAGGACCUAGACAAGAUUGACCAAAAGGAUUUGAUGCAUAAGGUGAAGACUGAACUGUGAGGGCUCCGGGGAGAGCCUGGGAAUGUGUGUCCCCCUCUGAAGAUGGCUCCUACCCCACAGCAGCCCAGGGCUGGAACAGGCUGCGCUCUCCUGCCUACCUGCCUGCCUGCUGCCAUGCCGCUUUUUGACCCCUCAUGUGUCGAACAUCUUCCCCUCCAGUGUGUGGCCAGGUGGCUUGCUGCCUGGCUGUCUUUAGGGUCCUCACAGUGGUUACCUCUUCCCUUUAAGGGGGAGAGUAGAGACAGGGAGAAAUUCAAGCCAGUGUAUUCAUUUUAUUUAUUUAUUUUUUUUACAAAAAAUAAAAACCCAUCAUCUCAAACUGCUUCCACCUUGGCUUUCUGCCUAGCAGGCAGGAAAUGAGUACGGGAGCGAAUAUAAGGCAGAGAGUAAUUUCUUUACUGUUUUUCACUUGUUAUGGUUGUUAGUUGCUCUCAAGUCGGUGCCAGUUACUGGUGGCCCGUGUGUGCAGAGUAGAAUUGCUCCAUAGGGUUUUCAGGGCUUUGACCUUUCGGAAGCAGAUCAUCAGGCUUGUCUCCCAAGGUACCUCAGGGUGGGUUUGAACCGCCAACCUUUCAGCUAGUAGUCAAGCACUUAACCAUUUGCGCCACCCAGGAAAUACUGUUUUUCACUUGUCUAGUCCCAAGAUGGAUUUGAGGCAACCAACGAUGAAACAUUCAUGACCAAUUACAAAUAAAAGUAGAAGGGAAGAUCAGAAAAUACAAGAAACGGUAGUGUCUCCUGUUGGCUGUGAGCUUGCUAGAUGUGAGGCACCUAGUUAAGAACUUCCUGGACACCAUCUCCAUGCCUAUCCACAACCCUGCAUAUUGGGGGAGCUGACUACGGUAGGACCCAAGGAAGGGGUGGUUACCCCAGCGGAGCCUUUAGUGUAGCUCUGAGCCUGGCAACCAGUGCGGAGAGGGAAACACACCAGGCCAUAGGAAGAGGAAAGCUGCUUUGGCACCUGGAGGAAUUGGCUAUGUCCUUCUGUAUGCAAGGGUUGAAGAGUUACCCUGUGGAUCUGUCUUGCAAGAAGACAGUUCCCGGAUGGUAGAGAGCAGUCAUGCCUCACCCCCAAACAUUCAGAAUGAAUUAAAAAAAGGUGGUAGGAUGGAGUUCGGAGGUUACCCCCAUGCUUUCUCCUCUGACACUGGUUUGAAACAGGAGAAUUGUGCUUUGCUUUGGAUUUUUUAGAAACCUUUGAAAUUUAGCUGUUUUAGAAAAGAAAGUAAAAAUCCUUUUCAUUCUUUUUGGACCCGUUCUUAGCUGUAAAGGAAGAGAAUGGAGGGACUGAGCACAAGGCACCCAGCAAGUAUGGCCCGUGGAUCAGCCAACACACCAGAAUCUCCUGGAGAAAGGAGGGGGGUAUGUUUAGACAAAGAUGCAGAUUCCCAAGUACCACCCACCACCACCACCACUCAUUGCCGUUGAGUGGAUUUCGACACAGCGACCCUGUAGGACAGGACAGAAAUGCACCAUGGGGUUUCCAAGGCUGCAGUCUUUACUGAAGUUUGCCACAUCCUUCUCCUGAGGAGCGGCUGGUGGGUUCGAACUGCCAACCUUUGCGUGAGCAGCCGAGUACUUAACCACUGCACCAUCAGAGCUCUUUCAAGUACCACCCAGACCUGCUGUCAGGCUCAGGAGGAGGAACUCGGGUAUUAGAAGGAAACGACACUGCCAAAUGACCCUAAUAUUGUGACUUUCUUAACAGGAACAGACCCCAGAGGUCAUUUAGCUGACCCCUCUAUUUACAUAUAUGGACAUAAAAGCCCAAAGGGAGGAAAUAAUUUGCCCACGGUCUACUGGUGAGUUCACAGGACAGAGCUCAAAUCUGGAGUUCCUGAUUCUCCUUGAGUUCAGCAUGGGGCAAAAUACCCUGUAUGUAGGGGGAAGCUCUGAAAUUGGUUCUGAAAUCAUUUUUACUCUGCUGGGAUGGUGGUAAUGGUUGUGAAAGAGAUGGUGCCUUUAACGUGCGAUUAGCAUGUACUUGUUAAAGUAGUAGAAAACCUAACUCAAGUUAGCUUAACCAAUGAGAGGUUUUUAUUGGUCAUCAUAAUUGAAAGUCCAGCCAUAGGGCAGGCAUUCAAGCACUGUGCAGCCUCCAGCUCCGUUACUUCUCUCCUGGUCAAAGAUGGCUGCCAGCAGCUCCCAGUGUAGGAGAGUCUUAUCCCACAACCACUGAGGCACUGGGCCCUGGGCCAGCUGGGCCACUCUCGAAUCAAUUCCUGUCGCCAAGGGAAUGACACAUGCUGAUUGGCUUAGGUCUUAGAUUCUGGACCAGUCACCGAGACAGUAGGGAUGAGGUUAAGCCGAUUGGCUUAGAACAGCCAAGUCCUACUCCCCGGAGCAGGACUACAAUGUUGGAGGAGUGGAAAGGGAAUGGGACAAAGAACCAUAAUGUCAACCACGGGAAGGAUGAGGUUAUCCCCUCCUUACUCCUCCCACAUCUAGUGAAAUCAGAGCAUGUAGUGGUAUCUUUUCUUAUCCUUACUGAUGAAGAUCAAAGACUAUAGCCUUCAGUAUGGAUUACGCCUCAACAUAAAGUAAACAAAAAUUCUCACAACUAGACCAAUAAGCAACAUCAUGAUAAAUGGAGAGAAUAUUGAAUUUGUCAAGGAUUUCAUUUUGCUUGGAUCCACAAUCAACACCCAUGUAGCAGCAGUCAAGAAAUCAAAUGGUGUAUUGCAUUGGGCGGAUCUGCUGCAAAAGACUUCUUUACAGUGUUAAAAAGCAAAGAUGUCACUUUGAGGACUAAGGUGUGCCUGACCCUAGCCAUGGUAUUUUAAAUGACCUCAUAUGUAUGUGAAAGCUGGACAAUGAAAAAGGAAGACUGAAGAAGAGUUGAUGCAUUUGAAUUAUGGUGCUGGCAAAGAAUAUUGAAUAUACCGUGGACUGCCAGAAGAACAAACAAAUCUGUCUUGGAAGAAGUACAGCCAGAAUGCUCCUUAGAAGUAAGGAUGGUGAAACUUCAUCUCGUGUGCUUUUGGACAUGGUAUCAGGAGGGACCAGCCCCAGGAGAAAGACACCAUGCUUGGUAAAGUGGAAGGUCAGCAAAAAAGAGGAAGACCCUUAAGAUGGAUUGGCACAGUGGCUGCAACAACGAGCUUAAACAUAGCAAUGACUGUGAGGAUGGCACAGGACCAGGAAGUAUUUCAUUCUGUUGGACAUAGAGUCAUUAUGAUUUGGAACCAACUCAACGGCACCUAACAACAACAACAGUAGUAUCCUUUGAUGGUUUGGGCUUGAAAUGAAGCUGGCAUGGGCUGUCAUGGUGUAAUUGGUGAUAAUGUAGUAUUGGGCUAGAGGACCAAGGACAAUACAAAAGUUGCCCUGGAUAAUCACCCUUUGAGUCCCUAAAAAGGAUUGUGCAGGGACAAUUUCACAGAAGGUACAAAUCAUUGGUUAUGCUUGAUCCUCAGUCCUCAGCCAGGCUUUAGCUCCAUGCCCCAGCAUGACUGCAUUAAAACUGGCUGUGUCCUUCAGUUACCUCCUCUGCCUAGGUAGGCAGGCCUGAACAGCUCAGAACCAAAGCCAGACAAAACGCCCAUCCUGCCUGCUUCCCCAAGCCCAAGCCUGGUAGUUGGAUCUCACCACCUCCCUGCCCGCAAGGAAGGCAGAUUCCUGAAGGUAGCAGAAGGGAGCAGGGAACCCAGCAGGCUGCCUUUGCCCCAGGGCCCACCCUAGCCUUCUCAGGCCAAGACAGAAGCACCCAAGACCCUAGAGCCCCUAAGAGUAUUUGCAAAGGCCGAAAGAGCCCUAUAACCUAUCAAACAAAGCAGGAAAAAGGCCACACUCAUCCUUAGUAGUCCCGUUGUUACUGCCAUCAAGUCAGCCCCCAACUCAUGGAGACCCCAUGUGCGAUAGAACAAAAUGCUGCCCAGUCCAGCACCAUCCUCAUGAUAGGUUGGGGAUCCAGACUGUUGGGGUCCAUAGAAUUUUCAUUGGAAAGUAGAUUAUCUGGAAGUAGAUUAUCAGGCCCUUCUUCCUUGUCUGUGUUAGUCUGGAAGCUCCACUGAAACCUAUUUAGCAACAUAGCAAUAUGCAAGCCUCCACUUAGAGAUGGGUGGUGGCUGCACGUGAGGUGCACUGGCAGGGAAUCAACCAAUGGAAGGUGAGGAUUCUACCACUAAGCCACCAGUGUCCCCCCUCAGUAACCCUGGGUGCAGAGGAUUAGACCUUUUAAACCCCUCACAGGCACUCCACCCUUAAAGCAGAUGACCCAAGCAAAACUGUAGCAUUCAAGGGAGGGCAGAUGUUGUUAGGUGCCAACGAGUCAAUUCUGACUCAUGACAACCCCAUGUGUUACAGAGUAGAGCUGUGCCCCAUAGUUUUCUUGGCUGUAACCUUAACAGAAGCAGAUUGCCAGGCCUAUCUUCUGUGGUACCACUGGGUGGGUUUGAGCUGCCAAACUUUAGGAUAUCACUUAGGGUGCAAAAUGUUUGCACCACCUCAGGAUCUAGGGAGUUACAUAAACCAAAAAAAAAAAACCCAAGCCCAUUGCCAUCAAGUUGACUCCGACUCAUAGCGACCCCAUAGGACAGAGUAGAACUGCCCCGUAGAGUUUCCAAGGAGUGCGUGGUGGAUUCAAGCUGCCAACCCUUUGGUUAGUAGCCAUAGCUCUUAACCACUACCCCACCAGGGUUUCCAGGGAGGUACAUAGGGGCCAGUGUAAAGUGGGAGCAGGGAGAGAGCUUGGUGUUAGGAGGAUAGCCUUGCUCCUGAUCCACCAAUGAAGGAGCAACAGAGGGAGCUAGAGACAAAGCUUGGGCUCCCCCUAGAGGCCUCUGUGGAUUCAUUCACCCACCAAGCACUGCACCCGUGGUUCGUGCUGGGCACUGCACUGGGUGCGGAGAUUCAGUGCUGACUGAGCAAGUGAGGCCCCUGCUGUCAUGGAGUGGGAGUUUCUCGCCAGAGAGUGGAAAACACGAAACACACUUAGACUCAAACCAAAGGAGAUUCUGGGGCCUGGUGUUAACCCAGCUCUCUGAGGGCCCUGAGUCCCUGCCUCUGCCUUUAAACUAGAGGGAGUGGGAAGCACCAGCUGGGACUUGGCUGACUGGUCUGAGCCUUGGGCCCAUGCCAGCUGCCAGCUCAGGCUCCCAAGGCCAAGCUUCUGACUCCCAGAAUGAUAAAAUUGGAAGACUCUAAAAACCAAACGAAACACAUUGCCAUUGAGUUGAUUCCAACUCGUAGAGAUCCUAUAGGACAGAGCAGAACUGCCUCACAGGGUUUCCAAGGAGCAACUGGUAAAUUCAAACUGCUGACGUUUCAGUUAGCAGCCGUAACUCUUAACCACUAUGCACCAGGUCUCUAGAAAAGGCUCUGGAGGUCCCUCAAUUCCAUCUGCUCAUUUCUCAGAUGAGGAAACUGAAGCUCAAAAAGAGGAAAAGUCAUCAUCCAUUUAAAACUAACUGGCAUUUAUUGAGCAGCUACUGUGUUAGGAGCCCUGAUGGCUCAGUGGUUAAGAGCUCGGCUGCUAACCAAAAGGUCAGCAGUUCACAUCCACCAGCCGCUUCUUGGAAACCCUGUGGGGCAGUUCUCCUCUGUCCUAUAGGGUCACCAUGAGUUGAUGGAAUUGAUUCGAUGGCACGGGUUUACUGUGCGUUAAACUUUGGGUCAUAUUUUUUUGUCACCUCACGUUUUUCACUCACCAAUAUGUUAUAGACAACUUUUCAAUGAAAACAUACAUAUCUAUAACAUCUUUGUUUAAUAAGUCCCCUCUGGAGUCCCUGGGUGGUGGAAACAGUUAAGUGCUGGGCUACUAACCAAGUUAGGGGUUCGAAACCCACCCAGAGGCACUUCAGAAGAAAGGUCUGGCUAUCUGCUUCUGAAAGAUCACAGCCAUGAAAACUCUACAGAGCACAGUUCUACUCUGACACGCUUGGGGUCGCCAUGAGUUGGCAACAAUUUGUUGGCAGCUUGUUCCUAUGUGUCUGAUGCUCAGGUGGGACAGCCCCUUCCCACCACGAGAAGGAGUUUCCCAUCCAGUCCCCAUGACCUGGGGCACUGGGGUCUCCCAGGACUAGGAGCAGCUCAGCACUUCCCAUGGCCCAUCCCACUAGAAGGCCUUGGGGGCCGUGGGGCCCCCUGCGUGGGGCUGGAGUUUCAAGAUAUGCAGGGCAGGCUGUGUGAGCCUCCAAGAGGACAACCCCCCAGGGGAAAGAAGCGGGUGCUGGAAGGAUCAGCACAGGCUGGCACAUGGAGUCUAUUUUCCGUGGUGUCUGGAAUCAGGCCGAAGCUUCCUGGGGUCAUUUUAACCAGUAUCCACUCUAGAACAAGACCAAAAAAGGUAAGUUACUUACCACCCCAGACAGGCACAUAACUAACCAUUGGCCUUCAUGAAUUAGACCCUAAAAACAUUCAAAGCUAAAGCUGCUUAAAGCACAGAAUUGAGAGCAACCAAGUAUUCUUGUACUGGGCUGGUGGCCCUUUUAUUGAAAUUAACUCUGAAGUGUUAGCUAUUCUUACCCUUAAAAAAAUAGCCUGAGCCCCUCAGCUGUCUUGGGGAAGGAAGGUAUUUUUAGACCCCAGAACAGCUGGUUUAGGAUUUGCUGCAGUAGUGGGGAAGGCCAGAGGAGGAUUGAAUUUCAAAAGGCUAAUGGAGGUGGGGGGAGAAGUUGGCCUUCAGGGGUCAGGAGCCAGCAUGGUCUGUCUACAGUGCCUUUUUUGAUCAGCAAAGGGUCUUGAUAUAAGGCAGUGGUUCUCAAAGUGUGGCCUCCAGACCAGCAGCAUCAGCAUCACCUGGGAACCUGUUGGAACUGCAAAGUUUCAGCCCCCAUGCAUAUACAUGCAGAACCCAUUAAAUCAGAAAUUCUGGAAACCCUGGUGGCGUAGUGGUUAAGAGCUACAGCUGCUAACCAUGAAGAUUGACCGUUCAAAUCCACCAGGCGCUCCUUGGAAACCCUAUGAGGCAGUUUGACCCUCUCCUUUAGGGUUGCUAUGAUUUGGAAUUGACUCGACGACAGCGGGUUUGGGUUUUGGUAGGCGGGGCCCGGUAAUCUGUGCUUUAACAAAACCUACAGGUGAUUCUGAUGCCUCCGACGUUUGAGAACCACUGAUAUCAGCAAACCCUCUAACCAGGUCCCUUGGGGAUGAGCCCGGAUGAAAGAAUAAUCCACACAAGUGCUUCUCAACUCUUGAGUAUCUGUUCAAAGCCAGGGAUCCACGGCCCAGAAAAAUUCACAUUCACAUAAGACUCUCAGGAUCUCACUGGCCCAGAUUAAAAUUCCUUACGCUUUGGCAACCUAAGGCUCUUCUCUCCGUCUAAGUCUGAUCUACAGAGAAUCUCGGAGUCGAAAGAGGCCUUAUAGAUCUCUGCUCCAACCACAGCAGAAUCUCCUCCACAGUAUCUUUGGGAAGCUCAGCUUUAGUUUGACACUUCCAGAGACAGGAGGCUCACUGCUUCCAAAGAGCCCAUUUCCAAAGUGUGGAACAGAAUUUCAAAUUCUUGUAGAAACUAGACUUACUGAAACCUUUGGGGCUGAGGGAACCCCCGAAUCUGUUGCCCUGAGAUAAUUUUUUUUUUUUUUGGCUUUAACAAACGGAAGUGUAUUCUCUCAGAGUUUAGGAGGUUAGAAGUCCAAAUUCAGGGCGCCAGGUCUACGGGAAGGCUUUCUCUCUGUGUCGGUUAUAACAGUGUCUGCACAUAUUUGAAUGGGAGUAACUUUACAAUUUUUUCCAACUGCAAGACUACAGAGGCAACAUUAUUGAUGACAAGGGAAGGUCCUUGUCAUCAAUCUGCCCCUGGUCUAGAAGCUUCUCAUUGCAGGGACCCUGGUCCAAAUGAUGUGCUCUGCACUGGCACUGCUUUCUUGGUGGUAUGAGGUUCCCCCUCCACUGUUCACGUCUCUCUUUUAUAUCUCAAAAGAGAUUGACUCAAGAUACAACCUAAUCUUGUGUGGAUUGAGUCCUGCCUCCUUAACAUAACUGCCUUUAAUCCUGCCUCAUUAACAUCAUAAAGGUAGGAUUUACAACACACAGAAAAAUCACAUCAGAUGACAAAAUGGUGGACAAUCACAUAAUACUGGGAAUUAUGGCCUAGCCAAGUUGACACACAUUUUUGGGAGACACAAUUCAGUCUAUAACAGAUGCCAAUCAGAUAUAAUCACUCAACCCCAGAGAUCUGUGAUGCAGGAAAAGAAGCGUAUGUUUAUAAUUUAGGAAGACAUUCUCUGUGUGCAGUACCCGUAGAGGUCAAAAUGGGCCAUUAGUCACAUUAAAAAAGGGGGUUAACAAGAGAGUUCAAGUGAAUGCCCCAAAGCAAUCACCAGAGUUUGGGUCAGUCUCACAUCUCCUAUCCCGCAAACGUUCUGUCAGUUUCCAAUAGCCUGAGUCCAGAGUACCUACCAGUGCUGACCUAGUCAUCAAGCAGAGUGACUAAGUCAGUCCAUUUUCAGGCCUCACCUCAUUGCCUCAGCCAAUGUGUUGGCAUUCUUUUUUUUUUUUAAUUUUUAUUGUGCUUUAAGUGAAAGUUUACAAAUGAGAUAAUCUUUAAGCCUUGAACUGAAACUAUCUCACGAAGUCAUCUAUAAUAAACUGAAGAGUUUAGCUCAACUAGUAAAGAAUGUUCACCUUGAGCAAUGUGCUAUUUCAAAGAAUGAUCUAUAGGGCAUCAACUUGACAACAGUAACUCUAACACACAGAGAAGUUUAGGGAACAGAAGGUCUAAGUUAAUGGUAGUAAAACCGUAAGGGUGGAGAGCUGAAGAAUGGUGACACAAUACAAAGAAUGUAACCAAUGUCGUUGAACUGGACAUCUAAAAAUGGCUGGAUGGGUUAUGUUUUGUCAUGUAUAUUUUCCCCAAAGAUAAGAUGAAAUAAACAGAACCCGUUUCCAAUAAUCGUUGACUUAAUUAGAUAGAGAAGCUCUUGUUAACUUGUAUAUUGGUUUAUACCAACCAAGCUACAAUAACAUAGCUGAAAUAUAGGCUUAUAAACUCAAAGAAAGAAGAUGACUGUCCUAAACGUAGAAAUGAAUGCAGUAUUUUUAACAGCCUGUUUCCAUGUUGGAGUACUAUGAGUGCUGGAAAAUCCUCCCUUGUAUUGAUGUGAAAUCUAUCUACCUGGGACCUCCUACUCCCACCUUGGUUUUGGUUUCCAACCCACAAGGAGCAAACCCAAGGUCUUGCUUCACAAAAGCCUUUAUUUUGCAUUGGCCUUGAUUGGCACGGGGAACGGGGUGCAGGGAGGACGGUCUCCGGCUACCAGCCUGGCUUUGGGCCUGGGCGUGCACAGGAUCGGCCGGCUGGGCUCAGAAGAUGCAAG